UUCACUCAAUUGUAACGCGGAAGUCAGUGAAGCAUACUUAUGCGGAUGGGCGCUAUGAAAUAUACUAAACAUCAUCACCAUUUAGCCUGGGAGAAAGCGCCGGUGGGUGAUCUUUUCUUGCUCUGCACCGUGUGUGCAUUUUGAACGGGGGAAGUGAGCGUUUCAUCGCCGCGGAGAACUUCGGAAAAUAGCAGUGUAGCCUGGGAGUAGUGAUUCAGCCCGCCAUGCCAGCGAGACAGGAAGUGUGUGUGUGAGCCCGACCAGUCCGGUGGGCUGCGCGGGGAUGAACAUGCCACUGCACCAGAUCUCUGUCAUCCCCCGUGAUGUCACUUCCUCCCGGGUCAGCGGCAGUGGAAAGUCCAAGGACAAGGACAAACAGAAUGAGAAGCACCUGGGUCAUUCUGCCAGCAGGUCCAGCAAUAUUUCCAAGGCGGGGAGUCCCACCUCCGUCAACGCCCCCUGCAGCUUUUCACGGUCAUCGGUCACCCCCUCCAACCAGGACAUCUGCAGGAUCUGUCACUGCGAAGGAGACGAUGACAGCCCACUGAUAACACCGUGCAACUGUACGGGCAGCCUACGCUUUGUCCACCAGGCGUGCCUGCAGCAGUGGAUCAAGUCCUCGGACACACGCUGCUGUGAACUCUGCAAGUACCAGUUCAUCAUGGAGACCAAGCUCAAACCCCUUCGCAAGUGGGAGAAGCUCCAGAUGACGUCUAGUGAGAGAGGAAGAUCAUGUGUUCCUGUGACGUUCCAUGUCAUCGCCAUAACUUGCGUGGUGUGGUCCCUCUACGUGCUUGACCGCACUGCAGACGAGAUCAGAGCAGGUAUCCUGGAGUGGCCAUUCUGGACCAAGCUGGUGGUGGUAGCCAUCGGCUUCACGGGUGGCCUGGUCUUCAUGUAUGUCCAGUGUAAAGUCUACAUCCAGCUGUGGAGGAGACUCAAGGCCUACAACCGGGUGAUCUACGUCCAGAACCGCCCAGAGAUGUGUAAAAAACAAGUGUUCGAGAAGCUGCCCCUCAUGGAGCCCAGUUUGGAGCACAAGGAGGCUCUGGCCCUCAUCCAGUCUGACACAAACUCCUCCCAGUACACAGAGACAGAGGACUACAGUAUGGAAGUGCUACAUGUCUAACCAACAUAUUACUGAAGCGCCCACAGCAUUUUACAUAUACUAAUACACAGGCACACUCUGGCUGACCAACAUAUACACACACAAACACGAGCAAACCGAGUAAAAAACACACAGACAUGCAUAAGACUAUAGUAUGGGGGUUGUACUAAGGUGUGAGUGACCCACCUUCACCCUGCACCCAUCUCCACACA